AUAAAAGCCUGAUUUUUUUAAGUAUGUCACAGUGCACUUGUUUACUUUAAACAAUCAAUACAAACUAUAUUUAAAAUGUUCAGCUUGAUCCUACUAUCAGUUGUGAGCAUCGCUUUCAGUGCUCAGCUGCCACCAUUUCCGCCAUCAAAGGGUGCCUCUUAUUUGCCCCCAGGACAAGGUUCAGGGGUGUUUGGCUCUGGAUCACUUGGGUCAGAAGGCAAUAAUCGACCACAAGCAGCUGCUGAGAGGAGUGCAGCCAUUUUGAAACUCGACCAAGAUGUAGGCGAACAAGGUUUUCGGUACGCCUUUGAAACCUCUAAUGGAAUACAAGCUGAAGAGGCUGGUGAUGCGUCGCAAAGUCAUGGUAGUUUCUCAUACAAGGGUGAUGAUGGUAUCACCUACAGUGUGAGCUUUACUGCUGGCGAAGGAGGAUAUCAGCCCCAGGGUGCCCAUUUACCAGUGCCACCGCCAACUCCUCAAGAGAUCCUCUUAGCAUUGGAGCAGAAUGCCAGAGAUGAGGCAGCUGGGAUCUUUGAUGAUGGACAGUACCGUGCUGAGAGCUCUGGUUCAAGUGGAAAACAAGGCGGCUUUGGUUCUGCAAACAGACAGGGCAAUUUUAAACCCAACUCUGGUUACUCAUACUAGAAUUGGUAUUUAAUACCAUUCUAAAAGUUAAUAAUGUAAUUAUUUUCAACAAUAAAUUUAAUUCUUGAAGUAA